UAAAUAAAUAGUUUGUAGAUGUGGAAAGUUUGAGAACAUUAAGAUUAGGUUUGGUAUUUGGGAACAACCAAGCCAAGCCACCAACCUUGUUCGUUCCUCUUUGAUUGAUUGAUGGAAAUCGUAACCGAUGUUUUCCCUUCCGAACUCGUAAUAGAAAUCUUGUCAUGGCUUCCUGUGUUGAGCUUGAUACGAUUCAAGUGCGUUUGCAAGUCAUGGAAAUCCCUCAUCUCUCACAACAAAGCAUUCGCCAAACUGCAAUUGGAGAGAACAUCGCUCAAAAUCAACCACGUAAUCCUCACCUCCUCUGACUCCUCCUUCAUUCCGUGCUCUCUGCCUCGCUUGCUCGAGGAGCCUUCGUCGAUUAUGGACCAGGACCAGGACAGGUGCCUCCGUUUGGACAAGUUCGAGUACAACGAGGUCAUUGGAUCAUGUAACGGUUUGAUCUGUUUGCACGCCGAUUAUUGUGCUCCUGGCUUCUGUUUCCGGCCCUGUAACCCUUCCACGCGCUUGAGGUUCGACAAGUCACCACCCUUAGCCUCAAUGGGUUCCAGUCUCAAUUUUGGGUUCGGUUAUGAUGUUUCAUGUGACACUUACAAGGUUGUGGUGGUGGUGUCUCAGCUUCGUCUUCGGGGUCUAAGACUGUGCAAAACAAUGCUUCAUUCCAUCGGUGAUACUUGUUGGAGAGAGAUUUUGAGCGUCCCUGACGUCCCAAUUGAGUUUCGUCAAAUCAAUGGACUGUUUGUAGGUGGCUGUGUUAAUUGGUUAGCAAACAAAUUCGAGCCAUUUGAGCAGUUGGUGAUUGUUUCCCUUGACAUGCGUCAAGAGGCAUACCGGUUAUUGUCACUACCUCAGGGUACUUCUGAGCUGCCUUCUGCUGAGAUACAGGUUUUGGGGAAUUGCCUUUGCCUUUUUUAUGACUUUAAGAGAACCCAUUUUGUUGCCUGGAAAAUGAGUGAGUAUGGAGUUCCAGAGUCUUGGACUCCUUUGCUGACUAUCAGUUACGAACAUCUUCGAUGGGAUCAUCGUUUUUAUCUUAAUCAAUGGCUCAUAUGCUUGUGUGGAGAUGGACACAUCUUUAUGCUCGCCAAAAAACAGAAAUUGGUUAUCAUAUAUAAUCUAAGUGAUAAUAGUGUGAAAUAUGUUGAACUUGCCAGCAACAAACUUUGGUUGGAUGCCAAUGAUUAUGUAGAGAGUCUGGUUUCACCAUGUUAAGAUUAAGCUCAUCCGUGACAGUUUGUUUUUCCCAAUUUAUCUUUAAUUAUUAUGUUAUGUAAGAGGUGAUUACUGUUAUUUAACUUUAAUAAAUUUACUAAUUCGUCACUGA